UCCCGUAAUAAUGCGACGCGUUUAAAUAAAUAUAAAACGAGAUGUACAACGAAGAGUACACUUUCUUCUUAUCUAUUAUAUGUUAAUUAGGAAUAUUUUUUAUUGUUUUUUUCUUUCUCUUUUAUGAUUCAUUAGUUUUUUCGGUAGAUUUGUGUUUACGAGGGAUAUAAAAUUAAAAAAAAAUAGAUAAACAUAUAUAUAUAUAUACAUAUGUAUAUAUAUAUAUAUAUAUUUGUCGAUCGCACAAAUACAAACGAAUAUUAUCAUUAACCCUCGAUAAAAUUUAAGUAAUCUCUGACACUUUUCUGUUUUUAUAUAUACGCAAUAAAAAGUGUCUGUUAUUCUUUAAGAAUUUUCAACGAAAUUUUGUCAUAUAUAUAUUUAAGAGCCUUUUCCUAUCGUCGUCCUUUUUAUUAUUCAAAUUAUCUUUUCAAUGGCACGUAAAUUUACGUAAAUAUUUUUGUAGAUAAUUUUUCUUAAGAACGAAUUAUAAUAGAUAGAAGCGUGCGCAUAACAAGAUUAGCACAUUGAUUGUUACCUUGGUACCGUUAUUAUCACUAAGAUCACUGUUGUCUGUAGACACAAAUCUAAUUUUUAGCCUUUAUUAUAUUUUUCUAUUUUUCUUUAUUCUCUUGUAAUGUGUGUGUGUGUGUUCUUUUUUUUUAUUUAUAAAUAAUAUUUUAUAAACUACAAAUUUUAGUAGAAAGAAAAAAAUAUGGCAGUUGUUAAAGCAACAACUUGUAAAGAAGCGAUACGACGUUGGGAGGAAGAAAACAAACAGGAUCCUGCUACUGCGAAAGAAAUUAAUCUUAGUUUUCAAUGGCUUCCUAUAGAAAAAAUGGACAAUUCUUUAGCUUGUUUAACCGGAUGUGAAAAAUUAUCUUUAUCUACGAAUAUGAUUGAAAAGAUUACAGGAAUUGGAACAUUAAAACAUUUAAAAAUCUUAUCUUUGGGCCGUAAUGUUGUUAAAAGUUUUUCCGGUCUCGAACCGCUUGGUGAUACUUUAGAGGAAUUAUGGAUUUCUUAUAAUUAUAUCGAAAAAAUGAAAGGAAUCGGUGCAAUGAAGAAUCUUCGUACGUUGUAUAUGUCUAACAAUUUGGUAAGAGAUUGGACCGAAUUUGGCAAACUUCAAGAAAUUACAAAUAUUCGAGAUUUAUCUUUUGUCGGAAAUCCACUGUACGAUAGUUUAGAGGUGGAUCAAUGGAGACUAGAAGUUGCACGACGUUUGCCAUAUUUAGAAAAAUUAGAUGGCGAGCCUAUUAUUAGAACCGAGGACAAUACGUUUGCCAAUCAAUCGAUGUUAAUGAAAAACGAGGGUUCUCCACAAAAUUCUAAAAUUUCAGAAGAUAAUACGUCAUAAUUUGUU